UAUUCAGUGUAUAAAAGACUCCCAUUUAAACCAGUCGGGUGGUUAGUCGGUUCAUUCGCUCUCGAUCGAUCGCUCCGGGGCUCUAAAACUGACUCUGUUUUUUAAUAUGUGCUUUGAUUGAUUCAGUUUUUAACAGAAUGGUUUCUUACGUGAGUUUUGGCGGUGCCGGGGACCAUUCGUGGGAAACCAGACCGAAAACCCCUGCAUAUAAAAACUUGUGUUUAGUUAGUGCAGUGUUUGCCUUCAGUGUUGGAUUAACUAUUGGAAUACUUAUACCUAUUAUGUAUUUUAAUAAUUAUUUCACCAAGCAGCCAUCUCCAGCAGCAGUAGCAGUUAAUUCUUCCUAUAUAAAAACGAUUUUUGUGAAUAACAGUUUUGGGUUUCAGAACGCUUCUGAUUACCCUACAGUGUCUUUUGUUGAACUCCCUGAUACAACUAACACUGAAUAUGUGGAAAAUGGUAUUUAUUGGGGUAAACAAGUAGAAUCAGCCCUUCCCGAGGGUUAUAGAGACCAUAAGCACACUAUCUGGUCAGAUUAUGUCGGUAAAGCCGUGGCAAUAAGGCUUGAAAAUGGUUGCGGUCGUAUGCAAAACCGUUUGGUGACCUUUCAAGAUGGCCUUAAAGGUUGUGUGAGAUACAGGCAAAAUACUGAUCAAAUCCAAGGGGAGUUGUUCAGCUUUUAUUUGGCACAGAUAUUGAAUUUACCCAAUUUAGCACCGAGUGCUGUUAGUAUCGUUGACCUGGCAUCACCUCUUUGGGCGAAUUUACAUAACGAAAUUGCUUCUGCUCAGUGGAACUCUAAUAGGCCUAUAGUGCUGACCCAAUUUAUUUCAAAUUUGAACUCAGCAAAUAUUCCUGCCGUAUUCAAGCCUCUGGAGAGGCAUUUGAAUAAGUUGGAUGUGGUUAAUAUGACUUUAAAUCCUCUACUAGAUAAAAGCGAUUUGCUUAAGAAUCUUGUGGAGCUGGCGCAGUGGUCUGAUUUAAUCAUCUUUGAUUAUCUUACUGCUAAUCUGGAUAGGAUCGUAAAUAAUUUGUAUAAUUAUCAAUGGAAUGUGAACAUUAUGGAUGCCCCAGCUCAUAAUUUGGCCAAGAGGAUUGAUAGUGAGUUGCUGGUAUUCUUGGAUAACGAAUCUGGAUUAUUGCAUGGAUAUCGUUUACUAAAGAAGUAUGAGGUCUACCACUCGAUUCUUCUGGAUAAUUUGUGUAUAUUUAGAAGACAAACUGCAACAAUUAUUAAAAAAUUGAAACAUAAAGCAAACAUCGGAAAGUUAUUAAGGGACAUGUUUGAAAAGCGGAACAGUGCCACAGUGAAAGACAUUUUACCAACGCUUCCAGAUAAAAGUGUAAAAAUUCUUAAUGAGAGGAUAGACAGGGUGUACAAUCAAAUUACAAAGUGCGAGUCAGUGUUUACGUAGCCUAAAAUGGUGCUUAGGGAUAUUAUUAUGCCAUAUUAAAGAAAGGAUGUUAGAGACUUUGUAAGUACGAGUGCCACGUGUAUGUUAGUUUUGCUGUGUCUUAGGUAAUUUAUUUAUUUCGAUGGUUUUCACAUAAAACUUUUAUUGAUUUAUUAAUUAAGUUGUAAAUGGGCAAAUUAUGUAUAGCUUCAAUUUUAGUUGCUUCAGUUAUUAACUGUUUAUAAAGUUUUGAUCGUUUUUUUAAGGGCUGUGCAAGCAAUUUUUUCAAAAGGUAAUAUUUCCAAAAACUUUGCUCUUUUAUAAAAAAUUAUUAAUUUGUUCAUUUUCAAACUAAAUAUGCUUUGGCCGUUUCAUUGUGAUUCUUAUUCACGUCAUUGCCUAUAGCGUAUAUCCUUUGUAAUUAAAAAAUAUAUUUAUUUUCUUUUAUAUGCAUUUUAAGGUUUAACAGUGAGAGUUAGGAAUUAACUUGUACAUAAUUCUCAUUAUAGAAACAUUGUGAUAUUACGUGAUCCAAAAUGUGAUCGAG